GAAUCAAAGGUGCAACCUACGUUAUAUAAACUGCGCUCCGACUCAGUCUCCCUCGCUUUCUCUCUCAUCUCUGCGAAUUCCCCAAAUUCGCACCAUUUCUUUCCUCCGAUCCGCUCAUUGUUGCAUCGCUGUCGAUUACUAUCAGUCUCCAAAGGUCAGUUAGAUCUGUAUUUAUCUUCUUCAUUUCUUUGUUGUCCAUUUCAAAUCUUUUAAGUGUCGUUUUCUUUGGUUAUACUUGUUGAUCGGAUCAAGGUUUCUAGGGGUUACAUCAUUAGAUCUUGAAUUUCCAACCUCAGAGCUGAAAAACCCUUUUAAAUUUGGUUUUGAUUUGGGUAAUUAGGGCAUUUUGUGAUCUGGGUCUGCCAGAUCCGACGAAAGAAUUGUUGAAUUUGGUGAAAAUAUGGGGUGUUUAAGUAAAUCAGUGAUCUGGGUAGUUGUGAUUUGCUUGAUACUUGAAUGUGGGGAAGGGUUUUAUCUGCCCGGUAGUUACCCUCACAAGUAUGCAGUUGGGGAUAGCUUAUCAGUGAAGGUGAAUUCACUGACAUCAAUUGAUACAGAAAUGCCAUUUAGUUACUACAGCUUGCCCUUCUGUAAACCCCAGGAGGGUGUUAAGGAUAGUGCUGAGAAUCUGGGUGAGCUUCUUAUGGGUGAUAGGAUUGAGAACUCUCCUUAUAGGUUUAAGAUGUACACAAAUGAGACUGAGAUCUUUUUGUGUAAAACCAGCCCUCUUUCAGCUGAUGAGUUUAAGCUCUUGAAGAAGAGGAUUGAUGAGAUGUAUCAGGUUAACUUGAUCCUCGAUAAUCUCCCAGCCAUUCGCUACACCAAGAAAGAUAAUUUCUUGUUGAGGUGGACUGGCUACCCUGUUGGGAUUAAGGUUCAGGAAGGUUAUUAUGUAUUCAACCAUUUGAAGCUUACUGUUCUUGUUCGUAAGUACGAGGAAACCAAUGUGGCUAGGGUUAUGGGAACUGGCGAUGCUGUUGAGAUGAUCCCUGGGGGGAAUGGUGUUGGUGGAUCUGAGGAACCUGGUUACAUGGUUGUUGGUUUUGAGGUUGUGCCCUGCAGUGUUCAGCAUGACAUGAAUGCGAUUAAGAAUUCAAAGGUAUAUGAUAAAUACCCUGGGAAGAUUAACUGUGAUCCUGCAACUGUGUCAAUGGCAAUUAAGGAAAGUCAACCUAUUGCUUUCACUUAUGAGGUAUCAUUUGUGGAAAGUGAUAUUAAGUGGCCAUCUAGAUGGGAUGCUUACUUGAAAAUGGAAGGUGCCAAGGUUCAUUGGUUCUCUAUCCUUAACUCCUUGAUGGUGAUCACUUUCCUUGCUGGAAUAGUUCUUGUGAUCUUUUUGAGGACAGUUCGCCGAGAUCUGACUCGUUAUGAGGAAUUGGAUAAGGAGGCUCAAGCUCAGAUGAAUGAGGAACUGUCUGGAUGGAAGCUUGUGGUUGGUGAUGUCUUCCGGGCUCCUAGCUAUCCAUCAUUGCUUUGUGUUAUGGUUGGAGAUGGUGUUCAACUUCUUGGGAUGGGUGUUGUGACAAUUAUGUUUGCUGCUUUAGGAUUUAUGUCGCCUGCAUCCAGGGGAACUCUUCUAACAGGUAUGGUGUUCUUAUACUUGAUUCUUGGUAUUGCUGCCGGUUAUGUGGCUGUUCGAUUGUGGAGGACUAUUGGUUGUGGAGAUCACACAGGAUGGGUUUCAGUCGCUUGGAAGGCUGCUUGCUUUUUCCCAGGCGUUGCAUUUUUAAUAUUGACCUUCUUAAACUUCUUGUUGUGGGGAAGUCACAGCACAGGAGCUAUCCCAUUUUCUCUUUAUGUCAUCCUUAUCUUGCUAUGGUUUUGCAUAUCUGUUCCUCUAACCUUGGUUGGUGGUUACUUUGGUGCAAAGGCCCCUCACAUUGAAUACCCUGUGCGAACCAACCAAAUUCCCCGGGAAAUCCCACCACAGAAGUACCCGUCAUGGUUGUUAGUCCUUGGUGCUGGGACCCUCCCAUUUGGAACCCUCUUCAUUGAGCUUUUCUUCAUCAUGUCUAGCCUUUGGAUGGGAAGAGUUUACUAUGUUUUCGGGUUUCUCUUCAUUGUUUUGAUCCUCCUUGUGGUUGUGUGCGCUGAAGUCUCACUUGUUCUAACAUAUAUGCAUCUAUGUGUUGAGGACUGGAAAUGGUGGUGGAAGUCUUUCUUUGCUUCUGGUUCUGUGGCCAUAUACAUUUUCCUCUACUCCAUCAACUACCUCAUAUUCGACCUCAAGAGCUUGAGCGGGCCUGUUUCUGCUACCCUAUACUUGGGAUAUUCGCUUUUCAUGGUUUUAGCCAUCAUGUUAGUUACGGGUACCGUUGGAUUCCUCUCCUCUUUCUGGUUCGUUCACUACCUUUUCUCCUCAGUGAAGCUGGAUUGAAGCAACUUAUCAUGCAAUUACAAGGUUUCUUGCCAGAUUUUGUAGGGGUAUCUUUCCUGGUGAAAGAUCAAAGAUGGAUGUUCAACCUUCUUCUUUAAUAGAGAUUAGUCAUAUUACCCACCCGUUUCAGGUUUUCUAGGAAAUUUGAUGAAAGAUGUGUAAUAAUAACCUUAUGCAUGAUUUUUUUUUUUGAUUACAACAUGGAUGAAUUUUACAUAGUUUGCUUGCAUAUGUAGGGCAUAUUUUGCUUUAUCUAGUGUAACAUGAGAAACUUCUGUGUACUUGAGAUUAACUAGAUAUGGAAAUGGAAGUUGAGUUUGUUUUUGCUUUUA